AUGUCUUUUCUUUCAAAAUUAUUUUCUUUCCAACGACCUUCAUUUAUUCCAGCUUUGGGACCUUCUAAUAGUACAUCUUCUGAUAUCGAAUCAUAUCCCCUAACAAACACAGACUCGAUUGAAAAUUCACCGCCACCUAAUAAUUAUAAUAAUAGUAUUAAUAUUCCAAAAAAAGAGCCACUUUUCGAUAAAAAGAGCAAGAAAAUAAAAGUAUUAACCAUUAUACUAUUUUUAAUAAUGAUUUCCGCAAUAAUAGCCUUAAUCGCAGUUGUUGCGCCAUCAAGUUUUUCUAUAUUCUCGAAGGCAUCCGAUUAUACACCGCCUCAAUUUGAUCUGGCUAAUGUUUCAAACACAAAUUAUUAUCAGCAAGGUGUUAUUUCUCCGAUUGAUGAAAAGGGACACUCAUUAGAGUAUAACUCGCAGACAAGAAAGUCAUCCAAGAAACUUUAUGAAUUAAUGUCUGAUUUUGAUACUGCUUAUUAUGAUGAUGAAAAUAUGAUUCUUGGUACUACAUUAUUCUCCGAUAAUGUUUAUUCAAGACAACCUUAUGUUGCUAAUGGGUACAUCGGUUCUAGAAUUCCAAAUAUUGGUUUUGGUUACGCUUUAGACACUCUUAAUUUGUUUACAGAUGCACCUGGUGCUUUAAAUAAUGGCUGGCCAUUAAGAAAUAGAAGAUAUGCUGGUGCUUUUGUGUCUGAUUUCUAUUGUUUGGAACCAAAACUAAACUCAACUAAUUUCCCUGAAUUAGAUGAAAAUGGGUACAAUACUGUGAUUUCAUCAAUUCCACAAUGGACAAACUUACAAUUUUCGUUGGACAAUGGUACUGUUUGGUUUAAUCCUUUAGAAGUAGAAAAUAUUGAUGUCAUUAAUUAUAGUCAAAAUUUAUCCAUGAAGGACGGAAUUGUUACGACCGAUUUGGAUUGGAUUGAUAAUAUGUUACAUGUUAAAAGUGAUAUCUGGGCACAUCGUAAGAUUUAUCCAUUAGGUAUGGUCUCCUUAGAAAUUUCCUUGAAUGUUGAUAAUUUACCGGAGGAAUUCGAAUCUGUGGAUUUAGACGUGUGGGAUGUACUAGAUUUUAAUACUUCUCAUAGAACUGUAUUGAAAGAUUUAGGUGCAGAUGAUGAUGGUAUCUUUAUGGUUGUUCAACCAAAGAAUGUUCCUUAUUCUAAUGCUGCUAUUUACUCAACAUGUACUAUGGAAUUGGAGAAUAAAGGGUCUGUCAAUUUUACUACAGCUGAUAUUAAUGAUGACGAUGGCACAGUAUCUAAAGUCGGUCAUGUAUUAUUAACAAGAGAAAAUUCGAAGGUGACUAUUCAUAAAUAUACUGGUGUUAUGUCCACAGAAUUUAAUGAUAAUGAGCGCUCUAAAAUAUCCACCCUUGAGGCUGCCAAACUUGUAUCAAUGAAUAGUAAAGGAAACUAUGAUGUAUUAUUAUCGAGUCAUAAACAAGCUUGGUACACUCUUUAUAAUGAUGCUUUUAUUGAAAUUCCGUCUGAUAGUCUAUUAGAAAUGACAGCAAGGUCAUCUUUAUAUCAGUUAUUGGCUAAUACAAGAACAUAUAACGUCUCUGAAGAUAGAGGUUUGCCAGUUAGUGUUCCAGGUUUAUCUUCGGAUUCAUAUGGUGGUAUGGUUUUCUGGGAUGCUGAUCUUUGGGUUCAGCCUGCAUUAUUACCCUUCUUUCCACAAAUUGCUAAAAAUAUGAAUAAUUACAGAAAUGCUACCCAUUCCCAGGCUAAGGCCAAUGCCAAACAAUAUGGUUAUCCCGGUGCAGUCUAUCCAUGGACUUCAGGUAGAUAUGCAAAUUGUACUUCGGCUGGGCCAUGUGUAGAUUAUGAAUACCAUAUAAAUGUGGAUAUUGCGAUGGCAUCCUUGUCGAUUUAUAUGAAUGGGGGUGAUGGUAUUGAUGAUGAAUAUUUAAGAUACACAACUUGGCCUAUUGUUAAGGAUGCUGCUGAAUUUUUUACUGCCUAUGUUAAAUAUAAUGCAACCUUGGGCCAAUAUGAAACUUACAACUUGACAGAUCCAGACGAGUUUGCGGAUCAUAUCAACAAUGGUGCUUUUACAAACGCUGGUAUCAAGACGUUACUGAAAUGGGCAAAUGAUAUUGGUAACCAUCUGGAAGAAUAUGUUGAUCCCAAAUGGAUGGAAAUUUCUCAUAACAUUUAUAUUCCAAGAUCUAAAUCGAACAUUACUUUGGAAUAUUCGGGAAUGAAUAGUUCAAUCGAAAUUAAACAAGCAGAUGUCACAUUGAUGGUUUACCCAUUAGGUUAUAUUAAUGAUGAAUCAAUUUUGAAUAAUGCGAUUAAAGAUCUUUAUUAUUAUUCUGAAAGACAAUCAGCGUCUGGUCCAGCCAUGACAUACCCUGUCUUUGUUGCAGCUGCUGCAGGUUUACUAAAUCACGGUUCCUCGUCACAAAGUUAUUUGUAUAAAUCCGUUUUACCAUACUUAAGAGCACCUUUUGCCCAAUUCAGCGAACAAUCCGAUGAUAAUUUUCUCACUAACGGACUUACACAACCAGCUUUCCCAUUUUUGACAGCUAAUGGGGGAUUUUUACAAAGUAUAUUAUUUGGACUUACAGGUAUUAGGUAUUCUUACGAAGUGGAUCAACCAACUAAAAAAAUGCAGCGUUUAUUGAGAUUUAAUCCAAUUGAACUACCUCUAUUACCAGGUGGCAUUGCUAUUAGGAAUUUUAAAUAUAUGGGCCAAGUCUUGGAUAUUAUUAUUAACGAUCACAAUGGCACUAUUGUCCACAAAAAAGGUGACUUACCCAUUACUAUCAAGGUACCCAAUAGGGGAUUGAUACAUGAUCGUGAUAUUGAUUUAUUUACUCGUGAGAAGAAGGAAACUUUGGAGAAACGUGAUCAACUUGAUAAGCCUUCAACUGAAGAAGAUAUCAAGAGCGAUUUGUUUGGCACUUAUUAUACUUUAAGUCCAGGUGAAGAAUUAACACUUCCAUUAUAUAAGCCAGAAUUGAAUAUUGAAAACAACAUUGCAGAAAAUAAACAAAUUACAAACUUAACGGCUGGUGUCCCUGGUGAUGUGGCAUUCUCUGCUUUAGAUGGUAAUAAUUAUACACAUUGGCAACCAGCUGAAAAGAGUUCCAUAGCAAGACUGUUAAUUGAUUUAGGAAAGGAUAACAGGGAAGUUAUCACUAAAGGUAUGAUUUUAUGGGGUCAAAGGCCGGCGAAGAACAUUUCAGUAGCAAUUUUACCACAUUCUGAUAAAUUGACAGAUAUUUUCAACAAUGUUACUGUAAUUCUGGAACAUUCUCAUAGUACGGAAGAAUAUGAAGAGGAUGUUUUCAAGUUAUUAGCUGAAAAUAAUAUUCCUAUUCCUCAAUCUAACUCAACAAGUGAAGCAUUGCAAGAAAUUUUAGAUUGGAAAGAUGAUGAUAUCAACGAUAUCUUUAAAAAAUUUCCAAAGUUGGGAAUAUUGGGUGAAGACUUUAUUACUGUGUUGGAAAACUAUCCUGUUGAACCAAGUGAACCUUAUUACAAGGAAAUUUAUGAUAAAUCUUUGAUUGAAAUCCUUCCAAGUAAUAAAACUGAGUUUGUAAUUGACUAUAGUAAUAUUCAAUUAGGAGAUUCAUCCAAUGACACUGAAUGGAAUGCAGCUAGAUAUGUUUUACUAACAGUUCAAGGUACUUAUGACGAAGAUGAAGAUGUCAAAGGCGCAACUAUCAAGGAGAUUUCUUUUUCACCAUCUCGUUUAAAAUAA